AUGAAGGCUGUUGCUGUGCUUUUUGCUUUAGCUCUAUGCGGAGCUGCUCAUUCCGGACUCGUUCUCGACCUCGCCAAUCCUGAUGAAGGUAGUCUCACUGUCAAGAAGGGAGCUCACUUUGGACUAGUCACUCUCGAAUGUACUCCAAAGGAAGGCACUGUACUUGGAAAAGUUGUGGAAGGUGGAUUGUUGGUACACAAGGUCGGCGAAGGUGAAAAUGUCUUGGAUGCUUUGCUAUUCUCCAAGGAUGAAGCUUCACUCCUUCUUCGUCUUCUUGUUUCAGUUGGCGGAAAGACAGAGUUCAAGCACUUUCAUAAGGUCGGAGAAAAGUGGGAACUUUUAAAAGAGAGAAAAGACUUUUAUGAACUCCUCAAGGGACUUGAGGGUCAAGAGGUUCCAGCUGGAGAUCUAGAAGAGGGUGUCUUACUUGAUGGCUAA